AUGGCGGAGGAGGAGGAGCUGGCGAUGGGGUCGGACGACGACGCCGACGCGGAGAGCCCCGAGGAGAUUCUCGCCAAGAUCGACGACCGCUCGCAGCGCGUCGCGCAUUUUUUGUCUGAGGGACGAGUGCCAGAGGCGCUCAAGGCGGCCGUGAGCAAUCCUCCCAUUGCCACACGCGACCAGAAGUGCAAGGAUGCCAACUGGGAGGUGGUGCAGCGGGCGCUGGUGGCAAUAGAGGAUGUGGAUGGGGCCAUAGCAGGGCUCAAGUCGGAGGGGUGCGACACGCUCAUGCGGUACCUGUAUCGAGCACUGAGGACAGGCGACCCAUCGCUGUGUGCGCGGGCGCUGCGGGUGCAUGAGAAGCUCACGGAGAAGGCAGGGCUGGGCUGCAUCAUGCGCGUUAUGGCUGAUAGGAAGCACACCGUCUAG